CCGGGAAAGGGGGAAAUGGGGCACCGGGUACCGGGAACUGGGCACCGGGAGAGGGGGAACCGCACAGCCCCGGCGAGGAUCCUGCCGGGCUCGCCCCGGGACACCGCCUCCUCAGAGGAGGGAAUCGGCCAGCCCCGGGAGGGAGCGGACGGCCCCGGCCCGGGGCACCGGGCAGCUCCGGUCCAUCGAGAGCCCCGAGGCGGGCACGGGCAGCUCCACCCGGGGGAACGCGCCGCCCCCGCCGCCGCUGAGGCCGGUGCCGCCGCCGGGACGGGGCGGGGCGGGACGGGACGGACGGGCGGACGGGACGGGCGGCUCCUCCCCGCCUCCGGGACGGGACGGGACGGGCGGAGCGGGCGCUCGGUGCGGGCGGUCACCGCCGCUCUCGCCAUGCGGGCGCUGCUGCUCCCCGCGCUCCUGCUCCCGGCGCUGGCCACGGUGCGCGGCGCCGCCACGGCUCUGGGUGAUGUGGACCAGGUCCGGAUGACCUCGGAGGGCUCCGACUGCCGCUGCAAGUGCAUCCUGCGGCCGCUCAGCAAGGACGCCUGCAGCCGCGUCAGGAAYGGCAGCGCUCGCGUGGAGGAUUUCUACACCGUGGAGACGGUGAGCUCGGGGGCCGACUGCAAGUGCUCCUGCACCGCGCCCCCCUCCUCACUCAACCCCUGUGAGAAUGAGUGGAAGAUGGAGAAGCUGAAGAAGCAGGCGCCUGAGCUGUUCAAGCUGCAGUCCAUGGUGGACCUGCUCGAGGGAACGCUGUACAGCAUGGACCUGAUGAAGGUGCACUCCUACAUCAACAAGGUGGUGGCCCAGAUGAACACGCUGGAGGAGACCAUCAAGACCAACCUGAGCAGGGAGAAUGACUUCAUGAAGGAGAGCGUCCAGCACCUCACCGACCAGAUGAAACGCUACGAGAACUACUCUGACAUCAUGAUCAGCAUCAAGAAGGAGAUCUCCAACCUGGGCUACCAGCUGCUGCAGAAGGACGCGGCUGCCAUCCCCGAGAGCAAGGCACAGGACACAACAGGCGGCCGAGAGAAGGAGGCAGCACGGUACCCCAGCACCCGCAAGGCCCUGGGGGACAGAGCRGGCCCCCGGCCACCCAAGGAGAAGCUGCUGAAGCCUGACAAGCCCAAAAAGGAGAACAGCAAGGCCAGAGCGGGCUCACAGCCCACGGCCAAGCCCAAGCCCCUGGCACACCAGCAGACUGUGGUCCGAGGCAUCACGUACUACAAGGUCGGGCAGGCUGGAGCAGCGGAGGGUCCGGCCGGCAGCCGCGAGGGCUCCRUGCGAGGGGCAGCCGUGCCAGAGCAGCAGCAGGACAGGGGCCCCGUGGCCAGCCUGGCUGAGGGCACCCCGGCCCAGGCCGUGGCACAGACGGAGAGCACAGUGGUGCUCAGCAGCACAGCCGUGCCCAGCACUGCCCCUGUGCCCCGCAGCACCGCCCGCAGCCCGCCCGGCCCGGCCCCCGGGCACAGCACCCACAGCACCGGGGGCUCCGAAACCCCCAACAGAGUGAAGGAGGYGGAGUGUGAAGGCACCAUCGAGUCCGUGGAGGCCCCCACGGAGCACCACAGCUACGGGCGCAAYGAGGGGGCCUGGAUGAAGGACCCAGCAGCCAAGGACGAGCGCAUCUAUGUCACCAACUACUACUAUGGCAACAGCCUGGUGGAGUUCAGGAGCCUGGACAACUUCAAGCAGGGCCGCUGGAGCAACCUCUACAAACUGCCCUACAACUGGAUUGGCACSGGGCACGUGGUGUACCGAGGAGCCUUCUACUACAACCGUGCCUUCACCAAGAAYAUCAUCAAGUACGACCUGAAGGAGCGCUACGUGGCGGGCUGGGCGCUGCUCCACGAUGUGGUGUAUGAGGACACCACGCCCUGGAAGUGGAGGGGCCACUCGGACAUCGACUUUGCCGUGGAUGAAAGCGGGCUUUGGGUCAUCUACCCCUCCGUGGACUACGACUACUCACAGCAGGAGGUGAUCGUCCUGAGCCGCCUUGACCCCGGGGACCUCUCGGUGCGCAAGGAGACCACCUGGAAAACGGGGCUGAAGCGCAACAGCUACGGGAACUGCUUCAUCAUCUGCGGCAUCCUCUAUGCCGUGGACACCUACAGCCAGAAGGAAGGGCAGAUCUCCUACGCCUUUGAUACGCACACAAACACGGAGGCAGAGCUGCGACUGCCYUUCCUCAACCACUACUCCUUCACCACGCAGGUCGACUACAACCCCAAGGAGAAGGUGCUCUAUGCGUGGGACAACGGCCAUCAGAUGACGUACGGGCUGCGCUUCGUGCUCUGAGUGCCCGUGCGGGUCACACUGCACUCCUGCGCCUGCCCUGCCCCACACCCGGCUGGGGCACCCCGACACAGCCCGGCCCUGGCACCCCAACCCCAGCCAGGGCUCUGGCAAAGCCCAGCUUACCCCGAAACCUUCCCCAUCCCCUGUGCCUGUCACCUGCGCUGCAGGGCAAGGAGAGCACACAAGAGCAGCCCACAGCAGACACCCCCAGGACAACGUGGCCCCUGGGGCCGUGGCAGCUCCGCUGGCAUUGCCUUCCUGGGAUGAAAGAGGAGCCCAGCCCCACAUCCCUCCGCCACUGCWGGCACCACUGCCCUGCACCAGCACCCUGAGCACCCUCCUGCACUGCCCCAGCCCUGCUGCUCCCCGCACACCCACGGGCACCGUGCCAGCACCGGGACAGCCCCACAGCCCAGCCUGUACCCAGCCCCGGGGGCGGGCAGGCCCCUCACUGCCAGCCCCCAGGAACAGGUGCCAGUCGCUAUUUUAGGAAAUGUGGUUAAGAUGCCUUCGCUUUUGCUGACCAUGAGCUUGUUAUUUAAAUACCUUCACCGGAGGCCUGCGAGUCCCUUCAGCAGCAGCGUGGAGGAGCCUGCCCGGGGUGUCCUGCCCGCACAGCCACCUGCACGCCCACCCUCACACCGGCCCUCACCCAGCCCUGCACAGGGCAGCCCACGGGCCUCUCACUCCCCGGGUGAGGCAGAGUGAGGGGCUGCGAGCGCUUGGCUUGGUUUUGGUCAUUUUAGACGUGAGCAGUAUUAAAACAUUAACAGGUGUGA